GCUAGGGUUUAAUAGUUGAACAGUCGUGGUGAUGGAAGCGAGGAAAUUGCUCAAGGACAAGAAGUUCUGGUUGGCAUCCUUCCUCAUUGCCUGGGCUGCUGGUCUUCAGGGGCAUAUGAUGUGGUUACAGAAGCAGGACUCCUUCAAGCAGAAGUUUGGUACCAUCAAUCAGAACGAAGACGGACAAGAAUGAUUUCCAAUCUCUCUCUUUUCCUGUGACCUGCGCGAUUCAGAUUCAAUUUUCAACUUUGUUUCUUUCGAUUGCUUAAGCUUCCUCACUGGAUUCAAUCCUUGAUUACGGAUAUCUCAGAGUGGGAUGGCAUCGGCGUCGGUGUACGAGACGCAGGCGGAUCUGCUGUUAUGCUACUACACUUGUGUAAGAAAUGUAAUAUUCUUGUCUCUCGGUUUCGUUUUUAUGAUGUGAAGAAAUUUACCUGAAUAGCUUAUCUCCGUGCUUUCUCUAAUUCUGGACUCUGAGAUUGUAUUUACCAUAUACAAUAAAAACGUAAUAGGAUUAAUAGACUGCAAAGAAAACCA